AUGGCACAGAACCGCCAGUUUUCGUUAGAGGCAUCCAAAAUGCUCAAGCGUAAAAGCUCGGAGCUAUUCCGAAGUUUACCUAAGGUUCCAACCACACAGUAUCUGGAACCCGCAGAGCUGACUCGCGACAUCCUGUAUAGCGGGUACCGACCUGUGAUUUAUCCAGUGCGAGAAAACCCACUUUUCAAAAAAGCCGGACGGACGUCCCAUAAUAACCAAAAUGAUGGGGAGCACAGACCGUCAAAAAGUGCAGCGGAGCAGAAUGCCAUGGCCGGGCCUCAUGGUAACGGUGGGAUAGGCUCGGGAGGUGUGAAUGGCACCUGGCGCUACAACCCACGGAUCCCGUCCAAACUGUUGCCGUUCAAUCUGUGGUCGAGCACCAGUAUGGCUAUGGAGUACCACUCAGAGUGGAUCGGGGUGCCCCGCGUGGUGGUGAAUAAGUUGCGGCCGUUUGAGGUGCCGCUGGCGCCCGCGGUGCCAGAGCUUUCAAGGAACAGGACCAAAUCCGUAGAUACUACAGCCCAGGUCGGUUCUGCCACGCCGGCGUUACAGUCUCGAGCAACAACACCCUUGCGUAGGAAGCCCAAGUCCUCCGAACGGAACACCGCCGACAAGAAGCUCUCGAAACAGGUGGAUCAGUUUAUCAGCUACUUGCGGGAAAAAGAUAGAGGAUAA